AUGGACGACAUUGACGAUGACCAGCUGCGACCGCGUAUCUCAAUCGACGCAAUGCGAGCCUGGAUCAGGAUCAAAACUGACAUUCAACGUGAGAUAGAGCAGGAGGCGAGAGAGUACGCCACUCAGCACAACCUACCACCCGACAGUUUCCUUCAGAGUGCAACGAUAUAUGCGAAUGAGGUUUUUAAGAUCGCACAAAGUAACAUAAGGGUUGGUGGACGUGACUACGAUACUCUGCAACCUCACGAGCAAGAUGCCGAACCAUUCGACGAAGUAUUAGACCGACAGAUAUGGGCUCUUGCUGGUACACGAUUGGAAUGGCUUUACAAAAUUUCUUCCGACCGGCGCGAGGAGCCUGGCAAACUUGCAGACAGGCUUUUAGCUCACUUUCGAGAAGCGGAUGCCAUUGAAGCACAGUGGGAGGCUGAGAUGCCUUCAUUUAUGGACGAAGAUGAGGACAUGGAUACCGGUCCAGUGCUCAAUAUCGACGCUUCGCUUGGUCAGGAAAUCAUGUCCGUGAGCAAUGAACUUGGGCAAACACUACCAGCUCAGCAAGAACGAGCGAAGCGAGCGAGGCGGGUGGAAGCAGACAUCAAGGCAAUCCAACCAUAA